AGAGGCUAUUCUCGGCUGUGAGCUGGAAGAGCGAGGAAUAAUACAUACAUUGGACCCUCUCGUUUUAUUUCUGCUGGAAUCUCACAAGGAUUUUCCAAACGGACGGAGCAGUUUUGAAAAAUUAAUGCCAUGGAUUUAGAAAGCCAGAAGAGGGGCAUGUCCUGCUUUGACAAGGUCUGGGGGAGCAAAAGUUUUCUAGAAAAAAUUUUUAUCGUUUCAACUGGAAUUUUGACGGCGACAACCAUCGGACUAGCUGUUUCAACUGGCGUCCUCGAUGCUAAAGUUCAAGAAUUACAAAAUAUUCCGCUUGCUACUGCACCAACAAUCACGCCGUCAACAAUCGCAACAGGAGGAACGCCGUCAACAGUCCCUCCUAGUGUGACACCGUCGACGCCGUCAACACUCCCGUCAGGAGCCACUCCGACGGCGCCGCCGGCGACCGGCCCUUCAGGAGCUACUCCGACGCCGUCGACCGAACCUUCAGGACCAACUCCGACGGCGCCGCCGGCGACCGACCCUUCAGGACCAACUCCGACGCCGUCGACCGACCCUUCAGGACCAACUCCGACGGCGCCGCCGGCGACCGACCCUUCAGGACCAACUCCGACGCCGUCGACCGACCCUUCAGGACCAACUCCGACGGCGCCGCCGGCGACCGAACCUUCAGGACCAACUCCGACGCCGUCGACCGACCCUUCGGGACCAACUCCGACGGCGCCGUCGGCGACCGAACCUUCAGGACCAACUCCGACGGCGCCGCCGGCGACCGACCCUUCAGGACCAACUCCGACGCCGUCGACCGAACCUUCAGGACCAACUCCGACGGCGCCGCCGGCGACCGAACCUUCAGGACCAACUCCGACGCCGUCGACCGACCCUUCAGGACCAACUCCGACGGCGCCGCCGGCGACCGACCCUUCAGGACCAACUCCGACGGCGCCGCCGGCGACCGAACCUUCAGGAGCUACUCCGACGCCGUCGACCGACCCUUCGGGACCAACUCCGACGGCGCCGCCGGCGACCGAACCUUCAGGAGCUACUCCGACGCCGUCGACCGACCCUUCGGGACCAACUCCGACGGCGCCGGCGGCGACCGACCCUUCAGGACCAACUCCGACGCCGUCGACCGACCCUUCAGGACCAACUCCAAUGGCGCCGCCGGCGACCGACCCUUCAGGACCAACUCCGACGCCGUCGACCGACCCUUCGGGACCAACUCCGACGGCGCCGCCGGCGACCGAACCUUCAGGAGCUACUCCGACGCCGUCGACCGACCCUUCGGGACCAACUCCGACGGCGCCGGCGGCGACCGACCCUUCAGGACCAACUCCGACGCCGUCGACCGACCCUUCAGGACCAACUCCAAUGGCGCCGCCGGCGACCGACCCUUCAGGACCAACUCCGACGCCGUCGACCGACCCUUCGGGACCAACUCCGACGGCGCCGGCGGCGACCGACCCUUCAGGACCAACUCCGACGCCGUCGACCGACCCUUCAGGACCAACUCCAAUGGCGCCGCCGGCGACCGACCCUUCAGGACCAACUCCGACGCCGUCGACCGACCCUUCGGGACCAACUCCGACGCCGUCGAUUCUCUUGGGUGGUCAUAACAUUUUUGUUUCAUUUUAAAUGAACUGCAGUCACAUCAGAGCGAGUUUUUUUACCUAUAUACGCACAAAUUCAACUCAAAAUUAAUAUUUUCCGAAGUUAAAAUAAUAUUAAUUGCGUGAAAACCAAUUCUGUAAUGCAAAAUAUAUGUCGGAAGACAAAUAAAUUUGCCCAAAAGAGAAACAAAAUUAAAUCCUGUCUGUUCCUUCUGUUUUGAAAUCAAAAAUUUCCACUGACGAAACACAACAGGUUUAUUGUGUAUAUAGAUAUUUGUACUCAGACGUUACCCCCUGGCGCUUAUCGUAUUAGAAAUUAACAGACAUAAUCCUUUUUGCGAAAUUGUGUACUAGUCAUAUCACAAAUCUUGCUGUCGAUCAAUCAGAGCAAAGCAGAUAAGAACAAUUAUUUUUAAAUGGUAGACAAAUAUCCAUGUUUUUUGCUCUGAAACUGUACGAAUUUAUUUUUUAACUAACCUUGAUGUCUAAACUGGUCAUUAAAGUUACUUAAAAAAAAUUAAAA